AUGGUAUAUAAUGCAGAAGACGUGCUGCAGUUUCAUCCGCACCUGAGACGCUCAGCCAGUCACUUUCUGCAGAGCCUGUGCAUCAACAUGUUCGAUACCUAUCAAGCACACUGGGUGGCGCUGUUCGGUAGAGUGGCAGUGUUUACACUCUUGAUGUGGGCGCCUCUGCAGGUGGCAGCAGAUUCGGAAGAGGAGGUCGCCUCAGAGUGGACUCUGUGGAAAAAGAUCCAUAAAAUAUCCUACGAUGAAGAGAGUGACGACAUUCACAGACAGACCAUCUGGGAAACCAACAUGAAGAUGAUUGAGAGAAACAAUGAAGAUUUCCAUUUCGGAUUGUCAACGUUUAGCAUGGCAAUGAACAAAUAUGGUGACCUCACCAAGAUUGAGUAUAACAGCUUGCUGGGUGCCAAAAUCAAUGGCCCGAUAAAUAGGAGAGGAAAGGUUGCAUCUGCUCAGUCGCUCCGUUUCAAUGCUAACAGACUGGGAUUGACCAAUGUUGAUUAUCGAGCACAGGGAUAUGUGACUGAAGUCAAAGACCAGGGAUACUGUGGGUCUUGCUGGGCCUUUAGCACUACAGGUGCCAUCGAAGGCCAAACGUUCAAGAGGACGGGACGGUUGGUGUCCCUCAGCGAGCAGCAACUGGUGGACUGCUCCAGGCCUUAUGGCACGUAUGGCUGCAGCGGAGCCUGGAUGGCAAACGCCUAUGAUUAUGUGAUCAAUAAAGGCCUGGAGAGCUCUGAUAUUUAUCCCUAUACGUCGGCGGAUACUCAGCCCUGUUUCUAUGACAGAAGUUCAGUUGUUGCCAGAAUCAGAGAUUACAGGUUCAUCCCGGCCGGAGAUGAGCAGGCACUGGCUGAUGCCGUGGCAACCAUUGGUCCAAUCACUGUCGCUAUAGAUGCCGAUCAUCCAAGCUUCCUCUUCUACAGUUCAGGAAUCUACAAGGAAUCACACUGUAACCCUAACAACCUCAACCAUGCUGUGCUUGUGGUUGGUUAUGGCUCAGAGGAGGGCAAAGAUUACUGGAUAAUCAAAAACAGUUGGGGUACAGGAUGGGGAGAAGGAGGCUACAUGCGAAUGAUACGCAAUGGCAAAAAUACUUGCGGGAUCGCCAGCUAUGCUCUUUAUCCCAUCGUGUGAGACGAACGAGACAUUUUCCAAUAAAGACUAAUGAGGUCUUA